AACGUGAAAGUAAUCAUUCUAUUGGCUUUGGCGCUAUCCGCCGUCUCUGCGGAGUUCUUGAAACAAGAACAUCCCAAAGACUUCCCCAGGUCGACCAAGAUAGAGGGACGUAUUACCAAUGGCUAUCCAGCCUAUGAGGGCAAGGCACCUUACGCCGUUGGCCUUGGCUUCAAUGGCUGGUGGUGCGGUGGUUCCAUCAUUGCUCACGAUUGGGUGCUGACUGCUGCUCACUGCACCAACGGUGCAAGCUCUGUGACCAUCUACUACGGUGCCACCUGGCGCACCAACGCCCAGUUCACCCACACUGUUGGCAGCGGCGAGUUCAGACAGAAUAACAAAUGGCCCAACGAGAACGGCAAUGACAUCGCUCUGAUCCGCACUCCCAAUGUCGAUUUCUGGAGCAUGGUCAACAAGGUUGAGCUGCCCAGCUUCAACGACCGCUACAACAUGUACGAUGGCUCCUGGGCUGUUGCCUGCGGCUGGGGCAUUACCUCCGAUGGUGGCUCUCAACCCGAUUGGCUGCAGUGCGUCGACCUGCAGAUCAUCAGCAAUGGCCAGUGCUCCCAAAGCUAUGGAAGUCUCCCUGAUGGGAUCCUCUGUGUUUCCACACCCGACGGCAAGUCCACCUGCAGUGGUGAUUCCGGUGGCCCCUUGGUUCUCCAUGACGGUGGCAGACUGGUUGGUGUUACCUCUUUCGGUAGCAGUGCUGGUUGCACAUCUGGCGCCCCAGCUGGAUUCACUCGAGUCACCAAUCAGCUGGAUUGGAUUCGCGACAACUCUGGCGUUGCUUACUACUAAACUUUCUAAUAAAUGACUUA